AUGAAUGCUGCCGUGCGUUUGAUCUGUGUGUUUCUGGCGUGUCUGCAGGUGGCCAGGGCGGAAGUGAGUGCGUAUGACCAGAUAGCGUUCUCUAACGUUGGGUUCGCCGGGACGUACACUCCGGUGAAGAAGUUUUCCAACAUCGACGCUGACGACUGCUCCUGCGAGGUGGGAGAUCCGCAGUGGUUUUCCGGGACCAAUGCGCCCGUGUCUUCGUAUCUUUCGGUCCAUUUCCGUGGUCCUCUUAAGCUGCACCAAUUCGCCUACUACGAUUCGCCCUCCUUUGAUGUGAGCAGCUCUGCUUCCUCCAGCGACUUCACCCGUCGUGCGUACUACAACGCUUCGGCACAGGUCGGUGAGAACGUCACCUUCCUGACUGCUGCUGGCGACAGUUCGAAAUGUCUGGGCAAGGCGCUGACGUACGCCGGGUCCGACGGUACCUCGAAGGCGUCCUCUGCGACGCUGCUGCAGGACAACAACUAUAUCUCGUCCGAUGAAGAGUUCAUCAUCUUCUCCAACGUGUCGUGUCCCAAGUCUGGCGUAGGCAAGGGCUGCGGCUACUACCGCCAGGGGAUCCCCGCGUACUACGGGUUUGGCGGUGUAACGAAGAUGUUCCUGUUCGACUUUGAGAUGCCGAGGGAGACGCAGUCCAACAGCAGUUCCAUCGAGUUCUACGACUUGCCAGCGAUCUGGCUUCUGAACGACCACAUCCCGAGGACCGCCCAGUACCCGACCAACCCAAACUGUUCCUGCUGGGCCAGCGGUUGCGGCGAGUUCGACAUCUUCGAAGCUAUGAACGGCACCGAGCGCGACCACUUCUACUCAACCUUCCACACCUUCCAGGGCAUCGAGUAUCUGGGCACCGGCAUCCAGUCCUACGGCUACAUCCCAAGAGACACAAGAAACGCCAUGAGAGGCGGUGCGAUCUUCGAUUCCACUGGCAACGUCAUCACCUUCCUCUCCAACGCUACCAAAUUCGACUCCUCCCUCUCCUACAACGACAUCCACUCGAUCCUGUCCGCCAUCCCCUCCAACGAGACCUACUCGAGCAAACUCAUGUCGAUCUCUGCCACCGCUCCGUCAACCACGUCCAAGUCCUCCGGCUUCUCCCUCACAACCUCCGCCAACGGCCUGUGGUACUAUCUCUUCACGGCAGUCACAGCCCUGGCGCAGGUCUUCGUCAUCUAA